CCUUUUGCCGUUACGUACGAGCAAGCAGUGCGGCCCGUGCGUUCAACAGAGUCGGUUCACUCUACCUCGUAUUAGACUACAUCGCGUCGAUCAUCUGACAAGCUGAAAAAAAUUACGUAAAUAUUACAACAUUCAACAUCGAUUAUGAAACAUCAGUAACAGUAAUUGAACAGCUGAACUGUUUUUCCUAACUCCAGAACACUUCCCAACUGCCGAGUGCACGCUGCCCGUUGGCGUUUUGUUUAAAUCUUAUUAUUUUACUUUGAUUAUUGGUGAUUAAUUUUUUUUUAUUUGACCCCGCACCUGUGUUGUGAACUGGAUUAUUGUGUGUUUUUGUUCCGAUAUUUUUUUUUGGAUUGUCACACGCGUUUAUUGAUGUGACAGUGACGCAAUCAUGGUGUAAAUGAAACCAAUGAAUGAACCGACUUCGCCGCCGAUUAUGGCAAACUCUAAGUUGCCGUAACAUUUCUAGAACUUUUAUAAGUUGCAAGUACUCUGAUGCCGUAGAACAUUCAAUGAUACGGUAAAAAAAAAACAAAACAUGGUGCGACGACGUUGGAGAUUUUUUACCAUCGCGGCUUUCCUGAUUUUCUUAAUAAAGGAUGCAUUAUGUCAAGACGAAAAUGAUUUUUAUUACUCACCGAUAGAAAAGAACUUUGCUCAAGUUCAACCACCUCUGUUCCCGAGUCGACCGCCGACGUUCUACGAACACGGGGACUCUUUCCGAGUACCACAGCCGCAACAACCUCUCUACAAUGACGGCUACGUCAGGUUCCCUAGCCCAAAUUACAAUCAGAACCCGUCACCUUUCCAAUUACCGACGGGUAGGAGUCAAUCUGGAGGCCAAUAUUAUGUCAAUCAACCCGAUUACAACCCUCAGCAACGCCAAAAGUACAGGCCAGCGCUACCUCAUAAUUACCAAAUUGUACACCCAGCGUCAACUAAACGACCUAAUGUAUCACAGAUUCAUUCCAUAGCAUAUCAAAAUGACCCAUCGAAACCAGAAACAUUUUUGGGUCAAAUAACAAUAAAUAAUCCUGACAUUGAUUAUUUGCAAAAUACACGUUUCAAAAAUAUACCUUUCGAUGGAAAUAGCCUGAAAAGUAAUGGUCAAAGUGGACAUAUCGCUCAUGAUGAAGAUAUUGACAAUGAUAAUCAAGAUCUAUUCGAUCUUCAUAGGGUUACCACUUACAAUCCAAACAAGAUAAUCCCUAAGAUAAAACAAAAUGUGAAACCGAAUGCUGCACGGUUUACUAACUACGAGCAUUCAGAAUUAGAAGAAGAGAACACUGACUUGGGUAAUGUUCCGGGAAAACUAUUUUCGAGGAACAAUAACCUUAGGCAACCAAAUUCGCAAUCAAGUCCUUAUCAUGCUUCAUCUACAGAAUAUAAAGGACUUUUAGACUUGGAGCCCUUACUUGAAGAAGAUAUAAGUGAUAUCGGUUCGUUUAGAGAACUAAUGAAACAUACACAAGGUUCGUUUGACGUUCAAGUAAUUAAGUCUAACAAUAGCAAAUAUUCAGAAGUUUCAGAUGAUAGCAAGCCAGAUGCUUCUUCUAUGAAUGAAGGUAAUGUACCAAAAGAUGCUUCAGUUAAAUUGUCAUCAGAAGUAAGUAACCCACCUACAGCUCCAGUCCCAUCAACCACAACAGUUGUUAAAGAAAAUUAUAAUUCUCACGAGGAGAAUAGUAGCGAGGAAGCACUGGCUGAUUCAGAAUAUGAGGAUGUUUAUUAUGACGAACCAGAAAGCACCGAAGUGCAACAUACCACUAAACCGCCUCAACAUAUAAAUCAGCAUACGGAAACGACGACGUCUAAUAUUUAUGAUGAAUACGAUGCUACCGAUGAACCAGAAAAUACAACAUAUGAAGCUAAUACAACUGUAACUGAAUCAUUUGAUGUGUUAGUUAUGAAACCAGAUAACAACACUAUGGUGGAAGAUGAUAAUUUCAAGCAAUUUGUCGAUACACCUAUUAUUGACCAAUCUGAUGAUUUAUCGAAGAACGAUACUAAAGUUAACAACAAUAUGACGAGCUCUGAAGAAGAUCUUACAUCUAUAGAAACUCCUUCUAUUCUUGGUCAAGAAGUAGUAUCCGUCGUGACUACGAAAAGCGUAGUAAACGGUACAAUAUCUAUACAAGACGUUACAUAUGCACCGAGUACCAAAAAGAUAGGUGCAAUCACAGAAACUGCAUUUAUGGCCGACAAUAAUAACAAUGAUACAUCUUUGCCCGUCACAACUGAAAAUUGGGUAGUAGUGGCUUCAGUACAGACUAGUCGGAGUGUUUCUGGGGCGCGAUUUUUACCAUUCCCAACUGUUGAGCAAGAAGAAAAAAAACAAGUACUCACCGAUGAUAAUGAUGAAAGCGUGGAAGAAGACGAGGAAAACAUUACACAAGAUCCGCGAGAGCAAGUAAGUGGAUUAAUUACCAGCUCGUCUACAGAAAAUAUAAAUGAUAAACUUGACAGUAUUCAAUCAGAAUUAUCAAGUGCUGUACUUUCGGGCUCGUUGGAUAAAGCAAACAAGAAUAUUGAGUUGAUAACGGAAGCCACGACAGAACCGACAACCACAACGUCUACAACAACUACAACUACAGCGUCAUCUUUAAAUAUAUUUACUUUAAAGAGUACACAAGCUCCAGUAACAACAGAGCGAUCAGCGCCGGAACCUUUACCAGUUAUGAUCAAAAAGUUUACUCCGCGUGUUACUACUUCCACCACACCGAAACCUAGAAAAAAACCGUCAUUGGUGACUGUGAUGGACGAUUUGACAGGACUGCUACCUCCCGGCUAUAAGCCUAGAUUGUCUUAUAAAGACAAACGCACUAGCACCACCACGACUACCACGACACCUGCACCUACUUCUACGACGGAAGAACCAUUCAUAAACAACACGCAAGGUCGUUCAUCAGGCAUAAGUUCUAAGAACAAAGUUAUACUUCUAGAUAUCAAAUCUCUUCGGCCUAAGGAAUAUAAACCCAAAGAAAAUAAACCUCAAGAAGAAGGGUCAAAACAUGUGCCAAACGAUGAAUUAAGUAUGUUAUUGCCACCGGGAUACAAAUUCCCUGCAAGUGAAGAAAGCACUAGUAAAGAAUCUAGCAAACUAGAUAUUUUGGACAAAGUGCAAAAGGUAGACAUCUCUGCAUUCUUACCUAAAGAUUUUAAAUUGAAUCCAUCAACAGGUGCCCCCAAAAUUGAACAACCUGUAAAAGCUUCGCCUGUGGAUAUAUCGGCGUUAUUACCACCUGGAUUUAAGUUAAACAAAACUGAUAACGAUAAGAGCGGCAAUCCGUUGGAUAGUAUUAAGAUUGCAGAUGUUUCUAAUUUGCUUCCACCUGGCUUCAAAUUGAAUAAAAGUGAAGAAACAGCGGCGCCCAGUUCAACUACGAAAGCUCCUGGGGGAAUUAAACUAGUGUUCCCAUCAAGGCCAGGAAGCAAACCCGUAAGGAAAACUACGCCCAGGCCCAGUGGCGAGAGUGGACCAAGUCCAGUUACUCCCAAGAUCCAGAAAGGUUGGCCAACAAGAGCAUCAACUGAGUUUACCGGCUGGCCCACUCCAUCUACGACACCGUUUUCGAUUGAAAAGUUGCUGGAGGCUCAGAGGAACGCGACCGCUACCAGUCCUUCUCCCGAGUUGAGCACCUCGCCGACCACUCGCCGCGUCGUCAGCACCACGACAACCACGCCUGCGCCGCCGCCCUCCACCACUCCUGGCGUAUGCCGCCAUGAAUGUGAUAUUGCUGCUACUAUCAAAAUUGUGUCCGGCGUAACAUGGGUACCAGAGUUAUUAGACCAUCAUACCGAAGAAUGGCAAAGAUUAGCUGAAGAAGUAAAACAAGAGCUUAAUUCUGUCUACUCGAAGUCUAACCUUCUCAGCAAAUGGUACAAAGGAAUAAGGAUUGACGGAUUCAGUAAAGGUUCCGUUCUAGUGGACUAUUUCAUCGAGAUGAAUGAUGUAGAAAAGAGAGUGGACACGUUAGAAUUAAAGAAACUGUUUCACAAAUCUUUACAUGAGGCUAAGCCAGGUUCCGUCAUGGAGCCCGUCCCUGAGGAACCGCAGGAGCUGGACCCAGACGUGAUGCUGGGUGAUCAACCUGAUGAAGAUAGAAUGAAGAAAAGCAAUGAAAAGAUGACUAAAACUAUCGACAAAUCUGCUGGGAAAUUAGAAAUUGGUAAAUUCGUGAUGGACCCCGCGUACACGGAAUUCAUAGUACUGCCGAAACGAGAAGAACCGACGCUUGUCAUCCCAGAAGAGGAAUCCUUUUUGCCGCAGUGGGGAAUCGCAGUUAUUGUUAUAGCGAUGGCGUCUUUACUAUUUGUCAUUAUAUUCGGCGUCACCGUUUUAGUGAACCGGCAGAAAAGCUCCAAAGCCAAGCAGCCUAUACCGCUCAGUGAGGACAUGCUUCGCGAGUUGGAUAAGAGUCACAUGGGAGGCUUCGACGAAAUGCACCAAAUGAAGGAACGUGAUCUACCUUAUUUGCCUUCAGGAAAGCGAAUGUCGACGGCGUUCAUCGAGCAGUUGGCGUUCCCGACGCCGGGCGACUCGUGGCGCUCCGAGUGGACGCCGCAGCUGCAGAAGUACAUGCAGCACUACACGCCGGACUCUGGACGCGGCUCGCAAAUCUAUGGCGCUGGAGGCAACGCUUACGGCUACGGCGGUGGAUCGCAGAUUUACGGGCAGACGGGCGGCUCCCAGGUGUACGGGUACACGGGCGAGUACCCGCGCUCGCACUACUCGCGCCGACGCUCCGACUACGACACCAACUUCUAGAAU